AUGUCUCCACCAGGUAUGUUCUCUCGCCCCAAUGGCACUAAUAUCCCGGAUAUUGAGUCGACCCAAUUCGUUCACUGGGUUACGGUAGAUUUCACUAUAUUUGGCGGACGAACCAAGCCUACCAGCGGCGACCGGAUGAUGCGUCUUAUGGCCGAGCAGUGCCGAUCCGGAGUUGCCACUAUUACAUCUAUGCCUCUGCACCACACUCAGCCAUGCUGUCUCUCGUUGCCCGUUGUGGGAGACCCCGAGCUUUUACGUGUUCAUAUUCUGUGGAGUGCAGCUGAGAUUGCUGAUUCGCACUGGGAGGAGAUUACGGCUGGCAAGCUGAUGGUUGAUACUCAGCGUAUUCUGGGUGAUGGCCCAGGGGGUCUCGUAAUACAAUCAACGGGGCUUAGUAUAAAUUAG